GGUCAGAGCGGGGUUAAUCCUCUACGGCUGUUUGUUCAUGGGUGAGUCCGAGCGCAGUGUUGUUGAAGGAACACUAUUGGCCGGGUGAAGGUGCCAUACAGUGUACUUUGGACCCAGGGGGGUAAAGGUGCCCCUCUCUCUCCCUCAGUCUUGCUGGAUCCUGAGCCAAUAGGCAGGUCGGGGCAGGGGGAUGCCGAAAUGUCCCUUAUUUGCCUGUCAGACUUUGAAGCCUACGCUAAAGAUCAUUUGCCAAAAGCCACCUGGGAAUAUUAUGCGGCUGGAGCAGAUGAAUGCUGUACGCGGGACGACAAUCUGCUCGCAUACAAACGGAUUCGCCUGAGGCCUCGGAUGCUCCGGGAUGUGUCAGUAAUGGACACUCGGACAACGGUUCUGGGGACAGAGAUCAGCUGCCCGAUUGGCAUAGCUCCUACUGCCUUCCACUGCUUGGCAUGGCCUGAUGGAGAGAUGAGUACAGCCAGGGCGGCUGAGUCGUUGAACCUUUGCUAUGUGGCCAGUACUUAUUCCACCUGCUCGGUGGAGGAGAUUGUGACGGCAGCACCGGACGGAUUCCGAUGGUUCCAGCUCUACGUUUACCGGGACCGCAAGUUGUCGGAGCAGCUGGUGCACCGGGUAGAGGCUCUGGGCUUCAAGGCGCUUGUUCUUACUGUGGAUGUUCCAUACACCGGCAAGAGGAGGAGCGACAUCCGCAACAACUUCCGACUGCCACCACAUCUCAAGGUGAAGAACUUUGAGGGCGUGUUUGAGGAACACUACGGCCCUGAUAAUUACGGUGUCCCAGCCAACACCUUGGACCCGUCCAUCAGCUGGAAGGAUGUCUAUUGGCUGAGAAGUCUAACCCGUCUGCCAAUCAUAAUCAAGGGGAUUCUGACGAAGGAGGAUGCAGAGCUGGCCGUGGAACAUGGAGUACAGGGAAUCAUAGUGUCCAACCAUGGAGGACGCCAGCUGGAUGGGGAACUCGCCACGAUUGAUGCCCUCUCGGAGAUUGUGGACGCAGUACAAGGUCGGAUUGAGGUGUACAUAGAUGGAGGAAUCCGGACAGGGAGUGAUGUGUUGAAGGCACUGGCUCUGGGAGCAAAGUGUGUGUUCAUUGGCCGGCCCAUUGUGUGGGGUCUAGCUUACAAGGGAGAAGAGGGGGUGAAAGGUGUUCUGCAGAUCCUCACAGAGGAGUUCCGCCUCUCCAUGGCGCUCUCAGGCUGUCGAAAUGUCUCUGAAAUCAACCGAAACCUCGUCCAGUUUUCCAAGCUGUAGACUUUCUAGGAUUGCUGUGUUGAGAGGCAGGAGGACAUGAAGCAAUUCCUUUCAACAAUCGAUAAAACCAUAAGCACAAAAAAAACACAAAAUCAGUUAAUUCAGCUGGCAAAAGAGCAAAUAAAGCAAUCAAAUGGUGAAUUAGGUCUUGUGAUAAUCAGCGGACACGUAGAGAUCAUUUAGUUUAUAAACAGAGUGCCUUAUUAAUUAUCACACUGGACCAGUGAUUGCUAACCUGGGGACUGCAUUACCCACAAUUCUCAGCUAGCCCACACAUCCCACGCGGUGCGGGACAUGAGAUGAUCUUCCCUGUGACCAGCAAAGGAUUAUGGGAAAUUAUUUAUCCUGCUUUUAUAAAUUCUGUUUUAUUCAUAAUUACGGAGAAUAAUUGCUAGUUUAUUAAUCAAUCAUUUGAUUUUAUUUCCUAAGUGAUGCAAAUGUGAAUUUAUUUUAAGAAGGGACCCUUCUGCUUCUCCCAGCACAUCUACUGUAUGAUAAAUGAACCCCCCAUGUAUGGAAUGCACGCGAUUGUGGCCGCUUGGGGAUCAUUCACGCCAUUAUUACCUCACAAAACCACACGUCCAAUAAACAGCGCUACGAUCCUCACAGGGACUUGUAAAAUCUUUACUACACAGUUUCUGAGGCAAAACCAUCUGAAAAUCUGCGAAAUUAUUAAAUAAAAAGUAAAACUUUA